CACACCAAACAUCUCAUUUAUGAACGGUCAAAGAAGGUCAAAGACCAAGGAGACUGAGGAGGGUUAGUGGAAGAGAGGAGGAGGAGGAGAAGUUAUUCUUCAAGCUAGUAAUAUGGAGUCUUCAUCGUCCCCAUCAAGUAAGGAUAAUGAGAAGACCAAAACGACGGUGACUGAGGCUGAUGAUGAGCCCAACUACCACUCUCUCGGUUCUCCCAGCCGGAACUUACUCCAAGAAGCCGUGAUGGCCAUCCUACGGUGCUUAGGGUUCGAAAGAGAGAACGCGACGGCCCAAGUGGUUGAGAGCGGUUCUACUCGCUCUGUUGCCGAGAAGGAAAGUGAGGGCAAAGAGAGAGACUCGUCAUCUUCUCCACAGCCGAAAGAAGAAGGCGGCAAAGGAGAUGGAGGAGCUGCCUCAGCCAUCUUGUCGGUUCUUCCACGCUCCUUGCCGGCGCAUGACCCACCAUCGACGGCCACAUCACAAGACAACGUUCCUCCGGCAACGACAACGUCGUCACUUGCAUUUCAGAGACCGACAGGCCCUCCUCUAAACACAGGAAGCGGUGGACAGCACAACUAAUUCGAUCUGCUUAUGUCUGCACAUGUUCUCAAUUUUUUUUUCGUCAUUAUUAUCGUGAUAUUUCCCUUUUCUUGACAUGAUUCGAGGUUAAAUUGGUUCUUCUCUUCGUUUCGGAGUUGUGGCUAUGCUUUGUUGUUCCUAGUCUUUUUCCUUCCUUUUCUUGUGGCAGCUUGCAUAUUGUAUGUGUUUGUGACCCCGUCUCUUUGUUUCUGAUGUGUAGUUAAUGGAGAGAGAGUUGUACUUCCGGUGUAAAAAUAACGGACUAGCUAUGAUCACUCGCCUUGAGGAAUAAUUCAUCAACAGUAGUUUUGAUGAUUUCGAGCAA